AUGCAGAACGGCCAUCAUCAGAAUGGCAAGCGCACGUCGCCACCCCUUCCCCUCCCUGGUGCUCGGUCUGUUCAGAAUGACUUCGAAAGCGACGACCACAGCGAUGAGGAGCAUCUCGAUGACUCCUCCCGCAAUGGCCCCAAUAAUAAGCGGAAGCGCCCCAUCUCCAUCUCUUUGAACGCACUUAUCCUGUCUGUUUCGUUUCAUCUGCUCGGCACCACACGCGCCUUGUUCCUUCCUCUCGUUGGAACAUGUGCCGAAGUUGGUCCUGCGCAUUCCUGA